CUCAAAGCACGAGGAGCGUGUGUCUCGCGCAGCAGAGUUUCUUCCUCCCGCCAAACUGGACAGUUUAGAAUUUUUAUACACCUGGUGUGAUGAGCUAGAAGGAAUCAGGAGGAAGUGAUAAAACCGUGACUGUAGAAGUACGUAUCAGAGUGGUGUGUAAUGCUGAAGAUGGAGAGCUGUCAUCACGCUGACGUGGACAAGUCGCCACUGUCGGCGUUUAAGCCAAGUCACUCGCGCAGCAGCAGCACCGGAUCCUCUCGACUGCUCUCCAGAGACUGGGAGGUGAUGACGGACAUCCAGUGCAGCUCAAUCAAUCCUGAUAACAGCAUUCCAGGGAUUUGUGAAGGAUACCUGAUGAAAAAGAGGAAGUAUCCGCUUCAAGGUUGGCACAAGAGAUACUUUGUGUUGGAGAAGGGGAUCCUCAGAUAUGGCAAGUCUCUGCAAGAUAUGAAGCGAGGGAAGAACAACGCCGCUCUGGACGUCAGCCUCGCCGUCAUGUCCGUCAACAAGAAGUCCAGACGAAUCGACCUGGAUUCCGGGGACUCUCUGAUCCACUUAAAGGCUAAAAGUCAGGAACUCUUCUUUAUCUGGAUGACCAAACUAACUGCACACCGCAUUUAUAAGAAGAACGAGGCGAUGAGCAUCCAUCAUGGUGUCCUGCAGGCGUUUUCGGCAGGAAACGGCAGCGCCUUACCCGCCAUGGCCAGUUUGGCUCACAGGAACCGGGCCAUGAUGGACACGCUUCCUCAGUACCAGAGCUCAGCGUCUGUGUUCCAGUCCACCACACUGGGUUCUCCGUCUCUCACCUCGUCACGGGUCAACAAUAAAGUCUCUGCUUGGCUUCAGCAAACGCAGCGAGCUGACGCAUGCCAACAAGAGCUGGUCCGCUGUCAGCUGGACCUGGCUGAACUAGGACGUCUGAUUGAGAUGCUGCACUGUCUGGAGGGGGAUCUGCCCAUCAGCAGCCAGGACCUGGAGAAGAGGAUCAGCAUGCAGAAUCUGGCUCUGGAGAAGCCGAAGAAGAAAGUGGGUAAAGUUUGGGGACACAAUCGUACAAUGUCACACGGCAUGAUUCCUGCCACUAAUUACAUCAACACGUUUUCCUCGUCCUCCGGUCUCGGUACGUCUCUCCAGUCCAUCCCGGAUUACGUCUACUCUCAGCUGUCCACUCCGGGCUGCACAUCACCCGAGGGAAAGAAACUCCAGCAGAACAUUCACGUAAUGUCUCAGAGAGUCCACGCAUCUCUGAAGUCCAUCCAUGAAGCGCUGACGCUGGAGCGUGAGCGUCUCACACAGGCCUGGACCGGGCCGGACCUGCGGCAGUCCACCUCCGACCAGCUCGCCUCGCUCUGCACCACUCUGUCUGAGCUGGAGCUCCAGUCUCGUCUCACGAAAGUCCACUCGCUGUCUCUGUCCUCUGAUUCGACUGAGGAGUCUUUCUGCACCGUGCGGCAGGAUCAGAGCUGUGAGACGCGCAGCAGGCUGUCCGUCGCAGAGUCUAUGGCCGAGUAUUUUGACGCCACUGAAGUGUUGGUGUCUGAGAGUCUGUCGGAAAACGAGGCGUCUGACGAAUCGGGACUGAGCGACGUCACCACCAGCAACUCCGAGCCAGAGGAAGCAAAUGCGCCAGUGGGCAUGCAGUACCGCGUGAGCGUGUCGAGCGCCCCGCAAGUUCUCUCCAGCGUGCCGAAGGAGACGGGUCGGCGAACGGUCCUGCCCGCUCACUGCGCCGAUAACAGCCACAUCGGCAUCCUCAGCAUCCUCUACAACAACAUCGGGAAGGACCUGUCCCGCGUCUCCAUGCCUGUCGCUCUGAAUGAGCCGCUAAACUUCCUGCAGAGGGUCAGCGAGGAGCUCGAGUACUCACAGCUGCUGGACAUCGCCAACCGCACUGAUGACCCCUACCAGAGAAUGGUUUACAUGGCAGUUUUCUCCAUUUCUGGUUAUGCCUGGGCCUCAUGGAGGAAUCGCUACAAGCCCUUUAAUCCCGUGCUGGGGGAGACCUAUGAGAGCAUUAGAGAGGACCGUGGCUUCCGCUACGUUGCCGAGCAGGUGAGCCAUCAUCCUCCUGUUUCUGCCUGCCACGCUGAGUCUGAGAAUUUUACAUUCUGGCAAGAUCAGAGGUGGAAGAAUAAAUUCUGGGGGAAGUCGGUAGAGAUCAUUUCAACAGGACUGGUGAAUGUCGCACUGCCCAGGUACGGAGAUCAUUACGAGUGGAACAAGGUGGUGACCUGCAUCCACAAUGUCUUCAGUCAGCAGCGCUGGCUCGAGCACUACGGCGACGUUGUGAUCCGAAACCUGAAGAGCGACGUCUGCUCCUGCAAAAUGACUUUCGUUAAGUCUCGCUACGGUGAUGGAGAAGACAAAAACCAGGUACAGGGUGUGGUUAUGGAUCAGACGGGAAACGUGGUGCAUCGUUUCGGUGGCUCGUGGCACGAAGGCAUCUUCUGCGACACUCUACCCAACCCACAAUGCCUCUGGAAGCCCAAUCCUCAGCCUGAAGAUUAUUUUGAGUAUUAUGGGUUCUCACGUUACGCCAGAGAGCUUAACGAGCUCACGCCUGAACUGAAGGAGAUCCUGCCACCCACAGACACGCGCUUCCGCCCUGACCAGAGGCUUCUUGAGGAAGGUAAAGUGACUGAAGCGGAUAAGUUAAAGGAUGAGGUGGAGGAGAAACAGCGGGAGCGAAGGAAAGAACUGGCUAAGAGAGGAGAAGAGCACAUCCCUCGUUUUUUCAGGAAAACGGUGGAUGAGGCAGGCCGAGAGAUUUGGGUCUUUAACGGAACCUACUGGAAGAUCAGGGAAAGCCCUGGAUUUGCAAAGACUAAUAAUCUGGAACUUUGGUGACCUCGACGGGUGUAGAUUUUCUUUUUUCUUCUUCUUUUUUUUUUGUAAUAAAAGUGCAAUAUGUAUCACUUCUGCUGAAUCAGAAAUCCUCUAAAGACUCCAACACUGAACCGAUUCGGAUUCAUUCGAAUCGGCUUGUGGACGAAGGGAUGAUGGAAUGGAAUGGCGUGCUGAUGAGUCGUGCAUGUGUGCGGUGACGACACCCGUUAGGAGCAAGUGAAUACUGAUAUUUAUUUAUUUCCAUGAUGCUCCUUGCCUCAUUCCUCAGCGUAGACAUUGUUGAUCAUGCAUGUAAGGUUGUUUAAAACGUUUUAGUUUUUAUCUUGGGUGUUUUAUUUAAAAAAUGUCCUGUACUGUUAAAGCAAAGGUUUACUUCAGGUCGGGUUCUUUUCUUUUUUUCUUCUUUCUUUUCUUAGUUUUUUUUGGUUGUUUACACUUAAGUACUGUAACUGGCACAUGACUCCUUACUAUGUUCUUUAUGAAGCUGAUUAUGUCGAUGAAGCGCAUUUGAACACGUCGGACCUCUAUCCUGUGUGUCAGCCCUGCUGAUUAUGUAAAUAGUCCUUGUCUCGUUAAAGCAAAGUGUAGCUGAAACCGGUGUCCCAUGUUUCGCCGGCUGGAAUGAACUGAUGAACCUGUGUGUUUUGUGUGUGUACCUUUCAGCUGCACUGGCUAAAGGAAAAGAAAAGCUGUGUGUUUUUAGUGAAGAAUUUCUGAUUGUAUUUAUACACAAUUAACUGAAUAAAACUUAGGGGAAAAUAAACCA